AUGGCUGCUGCCGGGUGGCUGGAUGUCACCAUAAUUGGUGCGAGGGAUCUCAAGGACACGGAGAUCUUUGGCAUGCAGGAUCCGUACACGGUUCUGACGUACGGUCAACAGACUCACCGCACCAAGACCCACAAAGACGGACACACGUCGCCGGUGUGGAACACGACAUUCCGCCUUAACGUUAUCCAUGGCGUCGACGAGGCUCACUUCGCGGUCUGGAACGAAAACAAGAAGGCGGAUGACAAGAUUGGGACUUGCAAGGUAAACAUCCGACAGGCCUUCAGCUAUCCAGUGUGGGACACGUGGCAUCCGCUCUUCACUCCCAAGGGCAGGCAGCAGGGGAGUCUUCGUCUUGCUAUGAAGUACUACCCGCCUGUUGGUGCUCCUGGCGCCCCAGCAGCAGCGGCAGCUGCCUCCUCCCACGCCGCCCCUCCCCCUCAGGGAUAUCCCCAACAGCAUGCUCCUCCCCCUGGCGGCCACGCGCCUCCCCCUGCCGGCCAUGCUCCCCCACCGUCCGGUUACCCGGGUUACCCACCCCAGGGCGGUUACCCCCCUCAGGGUGGUUACCCUGGCGGACAUGCCCCUGCCCCCUAUGGUGCUCCCCCCCCUGGCGGACACCCCCAUGGCGGACACCCCCCUGCGCCCUAUGGCGCCCCUCCCCCUCAAGGCUACCCGCCCGCCCCCUAUGGCGCUCCUCCCCACGGUUACCCUCCCCAGGGUUACCCGCCUCAGGGUUACCCUGGGUACGGUGCUCCUCCUCCUGCCCACGGGGGACAUGCACCUCAUCAGGUGCAUCAUGCUCCUAAGCCGGCUGUCGUGGUGGUGCAUGGCCAUGGUGAGUUGUGGUGA